GACCGGAUCUUUUGCCCUUCUCUUCUCGUCUUUGACGGUUUUGUCAUUGCCUCGGCACAACAGCCACUUUGACGAGAAGACAGGGCAAGAGCUGAUCAGAUAACCAUGGCGUCCAAGAAACCCGACGCUGUGACAAGCGCCAAGGUGGCUACAGGCCAUGUUAAGGUAGCUGGUUCUUCCAACAAGCAAACGCGAUCCGUUGGAUUCAAAGGCAGCAACAAAGAAAAUGGUUCUUUGGCCAACGGCCGCCUACAAGAACCAGGGAUGGUGUCUUUGGCCGAUGACGAAAGCGUCCGUCAGAAGACAGUACCAAGAAGCCACCAAGAUAAUCUCAAGAUGAAGGAAAAGGUCAAGAAACGCCUCUCCCAUCCAAAGACACCAUCUUCUGCCAAGAAACGAGCCAAGACAAGCCCAGUUGCCGGCGUCAAUGUGGAGCAGCCAGUAGAAGCGGUUGCCGCAGUUGACUUUGACUUUCAUCAAACCAUUUUGCCCAUUUUAAAGUCGUGUGGAUUUACCAGUUCUUCCGCAACAACCCACUGGUACGCUCACCCUGAUAUUCAAGAUAAGUUUCGCAACGCGAAGGAUCUUCGCUGCUAUUUGUGCAAGCAUGGCAUCCCAAACGUUGAUUCCCUGUCGGAAGAAUACAAGCUAGUGGUGGAACACUGGGUGAAAUUCGCCAAUUCUCCCUUCCCGGACGCCAAUUCUUUGGAAUCGAUUCCACCCAAUGAACAAAUCAAAAAGAUUCUUUCAGCGUUGGGGUUCGAGUUUGUCGUGCGGGGUAGCAAGACUAUGAUAUUCUCCCCAGGAGUAUCGACGAUGUUCAGUCACGGCAGUGUGGUUCUUCAAAAGGGAGUUCACUAUUUCGAUAAUCUGGAGGAUGCCCGUGUCUAUGUUCGUGCCAACGAGAUUCUUCCCAUCCAAGAACCCGCCGUGCGACGCACCCGCAGUCACAGAAACAACUCGGCAUCCCAGGAAGAACCGAUCAUCCGCCUCUGGGCGGCCAACUCGCUUCAGCCGCUUCCAGUUUUUCAGAAACGACCUCCCAUCAAGCAAGAAGAAGAAGAGGAGCAGGACAAUAAUAAUACGGAGGAGUCAGAGUCGACCAAAAAACCAGCUGCACGGGUACAGCAGCAAACAACUCGGAUUGCAGGCGAGAAUGCGGGGCAACUAGAUCAUCAGGCCCCGACGGGAGAGAAGGGAUCUGAAGAGCCGGUCCAAACCACAACAGCGCCAGUCCAAGGCAAACUAGAAGAUGGCGUCAAUGACGCGGAGCCUGUGGUUUCUUUGGAACAAGGAGGCGAUGCAGCCGAGAAGCUGAAACAAUACCAAAACAUCCGCAAGUAUAUUUUGGUGCAGCGAGUUUGGCGCGACGACAUGCUGAAGGCGCACAAAAUGCCACUGAAGAAGGAUGCCGAGAUUCCACUUACUCCCGCCGGAGAGGGCGACGACAUUGACACGGACAUCUUCAAGUUGAAGCGAAAGUUGGACCACGUCCAAAAAGAAAUCGAAUUCUUCUUGGAGUGGAAAGCAAACUGACAAAGAUACAAACCGACAGGAAGACACUUACUUACUUGGACAGUCCAUUCACUUGCUUGGUAACCACGGACUACGAUACUGACGAGAAAAACAAAACCUAACAAAAAAUCGACGGAAUGAUGAUCAUCUAUGGGGAGAACACGAAUAUACACAAUAACACUUAUAUGCCUUAGUGCAUGCAGAGUGCCUUACUAGUACUUGUAGCUGCUUGCAGACUUCUGAAGUAGAAAUAUAGGAACUACGAUGUCUUAGUAAAUUUCCGUUUGUCCUAGCUAGCUAGACCGAACAGAGGUCGCACACCCGGGCCAUGAAUGGAAUACAUGUACGAUGUCCCCAACGUC